CGAAGCUUCCUGGGCUGCACAACUUUUAGAGUAGGAGAUCUGAUAAAGUCAAAGGAGCAACAGUUGACCCUUACCCUCAGGACUUCUGAUGGUGGAAAGACAGUUGGUACCAUUGAAGUCAAUCUUGUAAAGAUGGGAGAGCUCGAGGAUGGGGAAACGGACCAGAUUACAACUGACAGCCAGGAUCAAAAGUGUGCAUUGGUUCGUGAGUGUACAGCCACUGAAGGCAUAAGUGGUAGAGACAACUUGCCUUCCUUAAAUGCAGUGUUAAAAAACCCAAUCUGUAAGUUGUAUAGAUUCCCCACUUCUGACAACAAGUGGAUGCGGAUCCGGGAGCAGAUGGCUGAGACCACCCUCUCCUUCCACGUUCCUAAAGAGCUCAUCAAUCUACACAUAAAGGAGGAUAUGAGAAGGAAUCAGGAACUGAAAGACCUGGGAGAACUUGCUCCUCACUGGGACAACAUGCGCAGAAGUGUUAUUGCUCACUGUGAUCAGAUGUUGACUAUGUACCAGGAUACUCUUGCAGAGCUUGGCAAGCAUACAGGUUCUUCGUUCAAAUCAAGCUGUAGCAAAGGAGAAAAAACAUUAGAAUUCAUCCCAAUAAAUCUUCAUCUGCAAAGAAUGCACGUCCAUAGUCCUCGAUUGAAAGAUGCUCUCUAUGAUGUCAUCACUGUGGGAGCCCCAGCAGCACACUUCCAAGGAUUUAAGAACGGUGGUCUCCGAAAACUGCUGAGUAAAUUUGAGGCAGAAAGACGAAAUACUGGAUACCAGUGUAUUUACUAUUCCCCUGAAAACACAGCCAAGGCAAAAGAAGUUCUCAGCAACAUCAAUCACCUACAACCUCUCAUAUCAAGCCAUGCAGACCUGCUGCUUAAUUCUGCAAGCCAGCAUUCUCCAGACAGCUUGAAAAAUUCUUUAAAGAUGCUUUCAGAAAAAACAGAGCUAUUUGUGCAUGCAUUUAAGGAUCAGCUGGUCAGAAGUGCCCUUUUAGCACUAUACACAGCCCGGCCUGGCUGUGUCCUUAAGAAACCAGCUGUGCCUAGGAACAGUGCAGAAGAGGGGGGUGAUGUGCAGCAUCAGGAGCACCCUCCCCAGGUUAAAAGACAGGACUCUAUACCCCACCAUUCAGAGUAUGAUGAGGAAGAGUGGGACAGAGUGUGGGCCAACGUGGGGAAGAGUUUAAACUGUGUUAUUGCCAUGGUGGACAGACUGCUGGAAAAAGACAACAUCAGCAAUGUGAAAGAGGGUGAAAAUGACCCUUCAGCAGCAGAUUGCAAGGUCUUACAUACAGGUG